CUGUGGGUGGAAGACAUGAACAGAAAACGUGUUCCGAUUGACAGCAACGCGCUGCGCCAGAAAGCAUUGAGCCUAUACGAAGACUUCAGCAAGGGAUCCCCUGAAACGAGUGUCACCAAGCCAUUUACUGCAAGUAAGGGAUGGUUACACAGAUUUAGGAAUAGAUUCUCACAUCAUCAUCAUCAUCAUAAGAAGGGGAUCAUGGCCCAAGUAGCAGUGUCCACGCUGCCUGCUGAAGAUGAGGAGUCCUCAGAGAGCAGGAUGGUGGUGACGUUCCUCAUGUCUGCUCUCGAGUCCAUGUGUAAAGAACUGGCCAAGUCCAAGGCAGAAGUGGCCUGCAUUGCAGUAUAUGAAAAAGACGUGUUUGUUGUUGGAACCGAGAGAGGAUGCGCUUUUGUCAAUGCCAGAAAGGAUUUACAGAAAGAUUUUGCAAAAUACUGCAUUGUGGAAGGGCUGCAUGAGGUGAAACCUCCCUGCCCUGUGAACGGGAUGCAGGUCCACUCAGGAGAAACAGAAAUACUCAGGAAAGCAGUCGAGGACUAUUUCUGCUUUUGUUAUGGUAAAGCCUUAGGGACGACAGCAAUGGUGCCUGUUCCCUAUGAGCAGAUGCUACAAGACCAGGGGGCUGUGGUAGUGCAGGGGCUUCCAGAAGGAGUUGCUUUUCAACACCCUGAGAAUUACGAUCUUGUAACCCUGAAAUGGAUUUUGGAAAACAAAGCAGAGAUUUCAUUCGUAAUAAACAGACCUUUCCUAGGUCCAGAGAGUCAGCUGGGUGGUCAUGUGAUGGUAACAGAUGCUGAGAGAUCAAUAAUAUUGCCAAAUGAAAGCUGUGGCCCCAUCAAUGUGAAAACUGAACCUGUGGAAGAUUCUGGCAUUUCACUGAAAGCAGCAGCUGUGUCAGUCAAGAAAGAAUCAGAAGAUCCUAGUUACUAUCAGUGUAAUAUGCAAGAAAGCCAUCGUUCUUCCACAAGCAAUGAAGUAAUAGAAAUGGAAUUACCAAUGGAAGAUUCUACUCAGCUGGUCCCUUCUGAAACAAAUGAGAACUCUGAAGCUGAGGUGAAAAUUGAAGGAAACACAAAUUCAACCAAUAUUACAAACUCUGCAGCAGGUGUUGAAGAUCUUAACAUCGUUCAGGUGACAGUCCCAGAUAAUGAGAAGGAGAGAUUAUCAAGCAUUGAAAAGAUUAAACAGCUAAGAGAACAAGUCAAUGACCUCUUUAGCCGAAAAUUUGGUGAAGCCAUUGGUGUGGAUUUCCCUGUGAAAGUUCCCUACAGGAAAAUCACCUUCAACCCUGGCUGUGUGGUGAUUGAUGGCAUGCCCCCAGGGGUGGUGUUCAAAGCCCCUGGUUACUUGGAAAUCAGCUCUAUGAGAAGGAUCUUGGAUGCCGCAGAGUUUAUCAAAUUCACAGUCAUUAGACCGCUUCCAGGACUUGAGCUUAGUAAUGUGGGAAAACGAAAGAUAGACCAGGAGGGCCGUGUGUUUCAAGAAAAGUGGGAGAGAGCGUAUUUCUUCGUGGAAGUGCAGAAUAUUCCUACAUGUUUAAUAUGCAAACAGAGCAUGUCUGUGUCCAAAGAAUACAACCUAAGGCGCCAUUAUCAAACCAACCACAGCAAGCACUAUGACCAGUAUACUGAAAAGGUGCGUGAUGAGAAGCUUCAUGAGCUAAAAAAAGGGCUCAGGAAGUAUCUCUUAGGGUCAUCAGAAAUUGAGUGUCCUGAACAAAAACAAUUGUUUGCAAAUGUGAAUCCAACUGAAAACACUGUUGUGCAGACCGUAGAAGAUGUGGCUGGGAACUUAUGGGAGAAGUUACGUGAAAAAAUCAAGUCAUUUGUAGCAUAUUCUAUUGCGAUCGAUGAGAUCACAGAUAUAAAUAAUACCACGCAGUUGGCCAUAUUCAUCCGUGGUGUCGAUGAGAAUUUUGAUGUAUCUGAAGAACUUUUGGAUACGGUGCCCAUGACAGGUACAAAAUCUGGAAAUGAGAUAUUUUUGCGUGUUGAGAAAAGUCUUAAAAAGUUCACUAUCGACUGGUCAAAAUUAGUAAGCGUGGCCUCCACUGGCACUCCAGCGAUGGUGGAUGUAAGUAAUGGGCUUGUCACCAAGCUGAAGUCCAAGGUGGCAAUGUCUUGCAAGGGCUCAGAACUUAAGUCCAUUUGUUGCAUUAUUCACCCAGAAUCACUUUGUGCUCAAAAGUUAAAGAUGGACCAUGUCAUGGACGUGGUAGUUAACUCUGUGAACUGGAUAUGCUCCCGUGGGCUGAACCACAGCGAGUUCACAACCUUGCUUUAUGAACUGGACAGCCAAUAUGGCAGCCUUUUGUACUACACAGAGAUUAAGUGGCUCAGUCGUGGGCUGGUGCUGAAGAGAUUUUUUGAAUCGUUGGAAGAAAUCGAUUCCUUCAUGUCAUCCAGAGGAAAACCCCUGCCUCAACUGAGCUCUCGAGAUUGGAUCAGAGACCUGGCCUUCUUGGUUGACAUGACGAUGCAUCUGAACACUUUGAACAUAUCCCUCCAAGGGCAUUCACAAAUUGUUACGCAAAUGUACGACCUGAUUCGGGCAUUCCUAGCAAAACUGUGUCUAUGGGAGUCUCAUUUGGCCAGGAAUAAUCUGGCCCAUUUUCCCACACUGAAAUCAGUCUCCAGAAAUGAAAGUGAUGGCCUGAACUACAUUCCCAAAAUUGUGGAAUUGAAGACUGAAUUCCAGAAAAGGUUGUCUGAUUUCAAACUCUAUGAAAGUGAACUGACCCUGUUCAGCUCUCCGUUCUCCAUGAAGAUUGAUAGUGUGCACGAAGAACUGCAGAUGGAGGUUAUUGAUCUGCAAUGCAACACAGUGCUGAAAACAAAAUACGACAAGGUCGGGAUACCAGAAUUCUACAAACACCUCUGGAGCAGCUACCCGAAAUACAAAACCCACUGUGCCAGGAUGCUCUCCAUGUUUGGGAGUACCCACAUUUGUGAACAGCUGUUUUCCAUUAUGAAACUAAGUAAAAUGAAAUACUGCUCCCAGCCGAAGGACCCCCCGUGGAACUCCGUGCUGCACAUUGCAACAUGACAGAAAGAACUGGCAGUGACCUGUGUUGUGUAGGAUUGAAUCUUCUAGGCCCAAGGGAUUGUGAGAUGAGAAAAUGAAUCUGCAAAUAUUUUGUUUUCAGUUUUUUUCACUUUGAACCGGAAAUGUAACUUGCAGUAUCACACCUGUUUGUAUGACAUUUUAUGCUUCACCAUAGUUCAGUAAAAAUCAAGAAAGUUUUAUUGUAUUCCUAGUAGCUGAUUUUUCUGGAUGCUUUUUUUUUUUUUUUUUCUUGUCUGAUCAUCCUGGCUAGAAUCUCCAGAACAAUGUUGAACAGAUGUGGAGAGAACAGACAUCCUUGUCCUGUUCUUGACCUUAGGGGGACUUUUCUUUUCUUUUUUUUUUUUAAAGAUGACCAGUAAGGGGAUCUUAACCCUUGACUUGGUGUUGUCAGCACCACGCUCUCCCAAGUGAGCUAACCGGCCAUCCCUAUAUAGGGAUCCAAACCCGUGGCCUUGGUGUUAUCAGCACCACACUCUCCCAGGUGAGCCAAGGGCUAUCCCUUUCAGGAGUUGACUUUUCUUACACCUGGCCUGUUUCAGUCCUUCACAAUACCUGCUUGACCCCCACAGGCAUUGUGGUUGGCACUUCAAAGUUUAACUUAGAGGAAUAGAGAGAGAGGUGUAUAUUCAUUGAGGGGCAGAUAUGCACACAUUUACUGCUCCCCCAUUUGCAUGGUAUUCCACGUGGUCUAAAAUGUUUCCAAGUUUAAGGAGAAUUGGUUAGAGACAUAUUCAUAUACUGUAGUAUUCUUGUGUUAUCUGUCUCUGUCUUCACAUGAAGCUAGAAAGGUCAAGCUUAAAAUGGAAAGCCCACAUCCAAAUAAUAUAAGCUAUAAAAAACAAAGUAAGUUGAGGUUUGACGGUUGUCUCUUUUUUUAACUUUUUAUUUUGAAAUAAUUUCAAAUUUAUAGAAAAGUUGCAAAAAUAUAUGAAAAGUACUUGUACGUCCUUUAGCCAGAUUCUCAUGUUGUCACCAUUUACCCCUGCGUUUUAUCAUUUGUUUUCUCUCCCUUUCUCAUAUGUGUGUUUGUGUCUA